AUGAACUUCUUAUGUUUACAGUUUCGUGGAGCCAUGUGUUUCCUGGUGGCAAUUUUCUCACUGCUCUUCCUCGACCAUGAUGAUGAUCUCAUUCCUACUGAUCAUCCUGAGGGCCACCAUCAUCAUGGAAUUAGUCAUCUGUUUUAUUACUCAAUCUCGUGGCUAGGCUUAGCAGAUCAUAAAGCUGGGGUCUUGCUUUUAGUACUCGUUGUUGGUUUAAAGACAGGGUUUAACAGUGCUUCCAAAAGACUUGCCAAUGACGUAGGUGGUGCCAAACGUCUUCAUGCUGUCUCGUCACUCACGUCAACAGUCUUGCUAACACCUUGGGCAUUUUUCCUGCGUAUUACCAAAUAU